AUGCGAGUUUUACCGUUACUUUCGCUCUUGACCGCAGCCUUUGCGGCGGACGUGAGUGAUUGGAAAACGGGCCAUGGUAUGUUUAAUUUCAUUUUUUUGGAACUUAGUUUUUCAUAUGUAUGUGAUUUACGAAGUAGUAUAAAAAAAAGGUAAAAAAAAACUUUUUCAAGUGAGCGGAGAAGUGCUGGAAGGCAAGAGAGAUUUUCCGUGUUAUUCGCUAUCCCGCGAUAACUACACGUGCUCCGCUUGCAUUCAGUUUCACGAUUCUUGUGCUUGGUGUGGGGCUCCUGUAAGUCGAUAAAGAUCGGCAUUUUGAAUUGGUUUUCUUGUUCAGAUGUUUGACGAGAAGAAGCCGUACGCUAGGUGCGAUAAUCGCGAAAAGUUAUUGGAACACGGUUGUUCGGAGGGCUACAUCGAGGAUCCUGUAACAAAGCUCGAAGUCACUGAGGUAUAAGAAAUAUAGUUCUGAAAUUUUUUUACUACUUCGAGUCUCAGUAUAGAGCUGUGACUCGAAUUUUUUUAAUAGAAAAUAAUUGUUUACUAAAUCAAAUGAAAAAAAAUUUUUCUAAAUUCAAAUUUCAAAAAAAUUAAAAAGCUAUUAAAUUUUUUUGAUGGUAUGAAAAAAAAGCCAGCAAACUUGCGGACGGCGAUUUUUUUCCGAUUUUUUUCAUAUCGCUACGGAACUUUCCGAUAGAGAAAUUUCCGACUAAUCGUUUCACGACUUUUUUUUCGAUAAACUCUACUUUUUGAAUCUUCCUAUUUGAAGUAGGUAGUUGAUCCAUUAUUAAAAACACAAAGAAAUAGACGAAAAAAAUGUUAAUAGAUAAAUUAUGAAACAAAAAAAUCAGGGAAAAAAAGUCGGAAAAAGAUUCGUCGGCAACUUCUCCGUUGGAAAGUUCCGCAGCAAUAUGAAAAAAUCGGAGAAGACGCCGCUAAAAUAUUCGUUGGCUUUUUUUUUACCACCAAAUUUUUAAAAGAUUCCAUUUUUAUCUUCAUCACGAAAUGGCGUUAAAUUCGUUUCUGGUUACAGGAUAACAAACUUUCCGAUCAAGGUCAGGUCGAGUCAGAAGAAGAAGCCGUUCAAAUCAAGCCUCAGGAGAUGUUCAUCGAGAUUCGGCCAAGUUUGCUUUUCUUUCAGUUUCAAAUUGAAUACAACUGAUUUUUUAGAGUCUCGUGUAAGAUUCAACGUCACUUACCGGCAAGCUGUAGAUUAUCCCGUCGAUCUUUAUUAUUUGAUGGACCUGUCGUAUUCCAUGAAAGACGACAAACAGAAGCUAUCUGAACUUGGAGAUUUAAUCGGUUUUUUUUUUCUGAGAGGGACAAAUCGAGUCAAAAUGUCUAUUUUAGCCGAGCGGAUGAGAACGGUCACCAAAAACUUCCGUCUUGGGUUCGGUUCGUUCAUCGACAAGAAACUGAUGCCUUUCAUCGAUCCGCGAAUCGAGAAGUUUGCUCCACAAUGUUGAACUGGAAAAUUGUUUCCUGUUGCAGACAGCGUUCCCCUUGCCCGACUCCUUGCGCAGAACCCUACGGCUUCAAGCACCAAAUGUCGCUUACGACGAAUACGGCAAAGUUCAAAGUUUUCGAAUUCCGCUCCUCGGUUUUUUUCACAUGUUUUUGUAGGCUGAAGUUGACAAGGCCGAAAUAUCCGGAAAUUUGGACGCUCCUGAAGGCGGCUUCGACGCUGUCGUGCAGGCUUUGGCUUGUAAUGUGCGUUUGUCCUCAUUCAGAAGUUUUGACUCCUUUCAUGGUCGUUUUCUCCAAUAUUUGCAACAAUUAGACUUUGUUGUAUAGUGCGAAAGAUGGAUAGCACUCUUUUUAGUAUAUAAUAUUUAUUAUACGAUAAACAAAAUUAUACAACUUGAACACUAUACAAAAAAACGCAUGCUGGAAAAGUCGGUCGGUUCGGUCGCUUUUUUAUGAUGCCUAUUUUUACAGUUUUCCACGCUUUAUUGAGGUGUUAACGGUUUUAAAGUACGUAAUUCUUCAUAUUAUGACUAGUUUCGAAGUCAGUUUUCAAAAAUUCCGGUUUUUUAAUUUACAAAACUUCUAUUUUCUGAAUUUUUCUAUUUUCGCCAAAAAAUGCUCUUAAAUCUCCAUGAACACUAUUUCGCACCUAACUCAUUUCGAUUUUAGGUCAAGUCAAAAAGGUUGAGAAGAAAUUUAUUCAAAAAAAAACACAGAUCUUCCUGAUUUCGGCCGCCAAUAUUUGGUUUUUCGAAACUUCAGACCUUACUAAAAUAUAGAAUUCUACGCAUUUUGGACCCUCAAACAAUUUAGAUUUAAAAAAAACUUCAGGGUUUUAAAAAAUGGCCACUUUAAAAAAGUGGUCGAAACGACUGUCUUUACCAGCAUUCCUACAAAAACUCUAGAACAAAAAUUAAUUACCAAUACAAUGUUGGAGUAAAAAAAAUGUAGGGCAAUAAGGGGUUCAACGCAGAAACAAUGUAUGGUAGCGGUCGCAAUAAAUGUGUGUAGGUUUGCGGAGAUUCCGGAAAUCUCAAUAAAGCUCAUAGAAAACAAUAGUCCCGACGACCAGCUGCUUCUCCGAUUUAUAUUUUUCAGAAUGAAAGUACAUUUUGUGAACAAAUCCACAUUUCGAUGAAAAAUGAAGCAUGACAAAUUGACUUUAUAGAACUUUCUCGUAAAAUAAAUUAGUUUAUCUAAUUUUUCAAUUUGCAUUUUUCCUUUUUGUUUUUUGCCUCACAUUCUGUAAUAGAGUAAAUUGGUGACAUUACUUUAUUUUUUAAGGAAAAGCCUCAGUUUUCAGAAGACUAUUGGAUGGAGAGAACGGGCCAGAAAAAUGAUCGUUUUCUCGACUGAUGCAGGUUUUCAUUUCGCCGGGGAUGGAAGAGUCAGUUUUUUUUUUGUAGUUUAAAGGAAUCGAUUCUCGAAUUUUACAGCUCGCGGGUGUUGUUGAACCAAACGAUGGAUCCUGUCACCUUGACCGUGAAGGUUAUUACACCGAAACAUUGACUCAGGUUUUCAUUUUGUUCCAUUAUCCUUAAAAUACAAUAUUCUAGGAUUACCCGUCAAUUGCUCUUCUUCAUCAAAUGAUCAAAGAGCGGAAAGCGAACGUCAUUUUCGCCGUCACGCAGAACAACCAAGAGCUUUAUAAUCAGGUACUAGGAGAAUUUCGACGUUUUUUUAAAUAUUUUAUUUACACUUUUCGUUAAUUCAACGUGAUGAAACGAGAUAAGCCUUCCCCAGAUUUUCACUGGUUAAUUUUUGGCCUAUUUCUUUUGCUUUAGUUGUCGGGCGCUCUUCCUGACGUUUCCUCCUCAGUAGGAGUUUUGGCCGAGGAUUCACGGAACAUCGUUGACCUUAUCGAAAAGGAGUACUUAAAAAUCAGUGAGAAGAUCAUCAUGGUCGACAAUGCCAACGCUACGGACGGCCUGAAGCUCACCUACCGCAGCAUGUGUCUGGAGUAGGUCUUAAAAUCGAGUAGUCGACAUAAAGAACUAUAGUCAUGUCGGAACUCACUGCUCAAACGGCCUACAAGUCAAUAUCAGCUCAAUUUGACAAACUGAAAAAGUUUUUUUUGCCGUUGGAGCUGCGCUUUGAGCCGGGGAAGAUGGCCGAAUCUAUAGUCAUGGUUCGAAACGUGGCGUAUUUUCAACCGCUUAGCGAUCCCGUUGCAACACUAUGGCCUCCAAGUGCACAGCUCUGUUCGCCGCGAGGCUUUUGAAAAUUUUAAAUUAGUACAGGCCACAACGAAGUAAAAGUUCAUGUGCUUUCAAUAUCGAUUGUUUUACAUGAAAAAAAAGUUCCAGAUUGAGGUUCUAAAUACCUUCAGUGUCAGCACUUUAAAGUGCUUUGAGCGCUUCAUAAGUUGUAAUUUCACUUGAAAUUUAUAGUGGGACGACUCUGCGCGAUACAAACGUUUGCGAAGGAAUCCGAGUGGGUGACGAAGUGCAGUUUGAAGUGACUUUGGAGGACACGCACUGUGUUGAGCAGCGAGACUUUGUACUCAGAAUAGGGCCUUCUGGACUAGACGAGACUCUCAUCGUCAAUGUCAAAGUUCUUUGCGAUUGUGACUGUGAGCAUCAGGUGAAUUUUUUUAUUCCUUUCUUUUUUUCUUCGUUUCGCUUGCAAACAAAAACAACGACCCAAUCAUGUUUUUCACUAUUGAAAAAUAGGGCGAUUGUUACAAUAGUGCAAGUUUAGGAUCGAAUCGUGACGAAUUCGGCGGAAUGUCAUGGUGGAGACAUGGUUUGCGGCGUGUGUAGAUGCAAAGGAGGAAACGUCGGAAAGUACUGUGAAUGCAACCGACCCGGCAUGAGUACCGCUGCCCUCAACGAGAAAUGCAAGCGGUUCGUUUCUUUUUGUUAUUGAGAGACGGGGCGAAAAAGUUGAUGCUUCGUCUAUGCUGUGCUAUAACCUGACCUCCGCCCGCUCUUUUGAUAGCGCUGAACCCAUAAGACUUGUUCUGCGCCUUUUGGGUUCAGGCUGAGUUGGGAAAAAAGGACGUUACGAUAACUUUCUGCAAAUAUGUUGUAGAACACCAUUUUUAGGAUUUUUUGAAAACAAAACCAAAUAUUGUCACUCGGCUAGUUUUUGAGAUACGGUAGCUCAAAAGAUUUCGGUAAAAAUACCUCGAAUGUUCAUCUCUCGGCAAAAAAUUAGCGGAACUCAGUCAAAGUUUGUCACAAGGUUUAUAACAAUUUUUAUUUCAUUUUUAAAAAUCUAACAUCUACCACUUGCUCUUUAUUGCUCAUAUUAGAGAUUUUUUUCCAAAAAAAUCAAAACCAGUAUAUAAAGUUUUUUUACCCGGUUUGGCUUCUUUUUCCUAGCUGUUAGAUCAAAAAAAUAUCAUAAAUAAAAAGUUUUUUUGUUAGAAGCUAAUCAAUCGACAUGAAAAAGUCUGUGCCAGAGUCCUUGACAUUCCAAAUCUGAAUAAGCGAUAGCACACGUAACAUUUCCUUUCAGAACUAAUGAAUCGGCUAUUUGUGAAGGUCGCGGAGUUUGCAACUGCGGUCGUUGCGAAUGCAACCCACGAGCGGUAAAUUUAUACAUCAUUUCAUGAUCUGAAGAAGAAAAAUAAAUUAAGAACCCGGAAGAACAGAUUUCCGGAGAGUUUUGCGAGUGCGACAACUUCAAUUGCCCCCGACACGACCGCAAGAUCUGCGCCGAGCACGGCGAGUGUAACUGCGGCAAGUGCAUUUGCGCUCCAGGAUGGACAGGUAUCAUUUUGGUUUGGUUCGCGCUGAUUAUCAACAAAGUUCGACGUCAGGAAGAGCCUGCGAAUGUCCGAUUUCGACGGAUUCGUGUCUUUCUGCCAAUGGAAAGAUUUGCAAUGGCAAAGGAGAAUGCAUCUGUGGUCGCUGUCGUUGCUUUGACGGCCCCGACGGAAAUCGUUUCUCCGGAGCUAAAUGCGAGAUUUGCCCGGUGAAUUAUUUGCUAAUCUUUUCUGGAUCACAGUUUUAAUAUGCGCUUGGAUUUAUACGUCUUUCUGUUCGGUAAAGUUGCUAUUUUUUCUGUAACUGUUUAAAAAAUGUUUCUCUAAAAAAAAUUUUAUACAUUCAUGUACUAUUUAAAAAUUUUCAGACAUGCCCAACCAAAUGCAUUGAAUACAAGCCCUGUGUGAUGUGUCAGCAAUGGCAAACUGGUCCUUUCAACGAGACGCGCUGCGAUCAAUGUCCUUUCAAGGUGAUACCUGUCGACGAGCUGCCAGGUAAUUCAUGGAAACGACACGGUCGACGAAAACAUAGGAGAUUAUUGUUUCAAUUCGAAAAAUUAGGGAUCACAGUCUGAUCGAAAAUGCUUGCUGAUGUGGUCAAACGCUAAAGAAAUGACUCCAGUCAUACAUGGGCAAGUAAAGAUGUCCGAGAAGAUAGUUCGUACCAUUAAAAAACUUUAGAAAAAAGGUUGUAAAAGAACCUAAGGAAGGGAGUGCUGACGGAAAUAAAAUAAGUUUUACCCUUUAGAGGUAGUACCAACUUCAAUUUAGGAAGGCGUGGGUGGAGGGGCUGGCGGCCUUCAAAAAUGAUUUGCAUAUACAUGCUUCCAGUAGGUAUCGCGUUGAGAAUUACAAUUUUCCCUAUAGAAUCGUUGAUGACACUUCUCUAGUAUACUUUUUCAAAAAACAAACUUUGGAGUGUUAGACGGUUGUUGGUUGAACUGUUAUUUUUAAAUAACAGUUCAAGCAACAACCGUUUAAAAAACGUUCAAUCGCCCCGUUCUGAUCACUCCAGCAAGCUAUUGUGAUCUCAAAAACGUGUACACGAAACAAUAGGGAUUUUAAAAAUAUAUUUCCAACUCCAGUUUAAUUCAUAUUUUUUUCCUCAGAAUUGAUAAUUUUUUCCGUCACAAAAAAACUUUUUUUUCUUUCCAGUGAUCAAUGAUACGACGCAUUGUCAGUUUGUGGACCCUGCCGACGACUGCACUUUCUAUUAUCUUUACUAUUAUGACGACGCAACCGACAAUGCCACUGUUUGGGUUCGCAGGCAUAAAAGGUAGAAUCUGUUGCACCUUAAAAAUAAACGCGGUACCUGUAAUUUGAAAAAUAUUUAUCACAUUUCAAUAUAUUUUUUGAGAAUAUUAAACUUUGAAAGGGAUGAAUAAAGGAAGUUCAAUAAAUCAAUCCUCUCAGAUUGUCCACCACCAGUGCCUGUUCUUGCGAUUGUUCUGGGCGUAAUAGCUGGAAUCGUAAUUCUGGGCAUGGUUUUGCUUUUCCUGUGGAAGUUCCUCACCGUUUUGCACGACCGCGCAGAGUACGCCAAGUUCAACAACGAACGCCUCAUGGCCAAGUGGGACACGGUAUGUGGGCCAAAAAAUUUAUAUUAUUUGAUUCGAUGAUUUCUGCUUUCUGUUUUCAAACUCAGAACAAAUAGUGAAAUAUUUUACACUCUAUUUUGUUAUAUUCAGAGCUUAUAAGUUCAAAAAUCAGAAAAAAAUGAAUAAAAAAGUCUCUCUAUCGGAAUUCUCAGAACGAGAAUCCAAUCUACAAACAAGCGACGACGACUUUCAAAAACCCUGUCUACGCUGGAGGAAAGAAGGCCAUGUAA